AGUGUCUGAUGCUUCCACGCCCCGAGCUCAGGAGAGGGUCCGAGGCUUCCGAACGCGGACGAGAGGGCGGCGUGCGCUGUUGUCAGGAAGCUAGAAAUGUUGAAAAAAUAAAGCAGAAUGGGGACCUGAUCCAUUGACUUUUGUAUGGGAGAGUCUUCUCAUUUAAGCAGAAACAAAUUUGUGCAAACGAAAGGGGAAAAAAGAAGCAUUUUCUCUGCGAUUACAUAGCGUCUCAUUUAAUUUCCUGCCACAGUUUCUUCCAAUAAGAUUCUUUCUGGCAAGGUACAAGAAAUACACUUCUUUUUUUAAGAAAUGGAAUCUAGUUCAUCAGACUACUGUAAUAAAGACAAUGAAGAAGAAAGUUUGCUUGCAAAUGUUGCUUCCUUAAGACAUGAACUGAAGAUAACGGAAUGGAGUUUGCAGAGUUUAGGGAAAGAGCUAUCCAGUGUUAGUCCAAGUGAAAAUUCCGAUUAUGCCUCUAAUCUUUCAAGAUCUGAAAAACUCAUUCUGGAAGAUCUUUCUCAUCCUAACCAGCUUGGACUUUUGAAUUACGUACCUUAUAAAAAAGUUUGUAAAAUGCCCACUGGCAGUACUGAUUUUCAAAAGAAGCCAAGAGAUAAGAUGUCUUUUUCAUCUGCCCCCAUGGACCAGGAGAUCAGAAAUCUUCGAGAGAAACUUAACAAACUCAGGCAACAGAAUGCUUGUUUGGUCUCACAGAAUCAUUCUUUAAUGACUAAAAUGGAAUCUGUCCACUUUGAAUUAACACAGUCAAGAGCAAAAGUUUCUAUGCUUGAAUCUGUUCAACAACAGGCAGCCAGUGUGCCAAUCUUAGAAGAACAGAUUAUAAAUUUGGAAGCAGAAGUUUCAGCCCAAGAUAAAAUUUUGAGAGAGGCAGAAGAUAAAUUAGAGCAGAGCCAGAAAAUGGUGAUUGAAAAGGAACAGAGUUUGCAGAAAUCCCAAGAGGAAUGUAUAAAGUUAAAGGUGGACUUACUUGAACAAAGUAAACAAGGAAAGAGAGCUGAACGACAAAGGAAUGAAGCACUAUAUAAUGCUGAAGAGCUAAGUAAAGCUUUCCAACAUUAUAAAGAAAAAGUGGCAGAAAAACUGGAAAAGGUUCAAGUUGAAGAAGAAAUAUUAGAGAAAAAUCUAAUUAGCUGUGAAAAAGAAAAUAAAAGGCUACAGGAAAAGUGUGGUCUAUAUAAAAGUGACCUUGAAAUUCUGAAAGAGAAAUUAAGGCAGUUAAAAGAAGAAAAUAACAAUGGAAAAGAAAAAUUAAGGAUCAUGGCAGUGAAAAAUUCAGAAGUUAUGGCACAACUAACUGAGUCUAGGCAAAGUAUUCUGAAGCUAGAGAGUGAAUUAGAGGACAAAGAAGAAGUACUUAGAGAAAAAUUUUCUCUAAUGAAUGAAAACCGAGAGUUAAAGGUCCGUGUUGUAGCACAGAAUGAGCGACUGGAUUUGUGUCAACAAGAAAUAGAAAGUUCAAGGGUAGAACUGAGAAGUUUGGAAAAAGUUAUGUCCCAGUUGCCAUUAAAAAGAGAAAUGUUUGGUUUUAAAUCAUCUCUUUCUAAACACCAGAUGAGUAGUUUGUCAAACAAGGAAGACAAUUACAUUGGCUGCUGUGAGGCAAAUAAAAUGGUGAUUUCAGAAUUGAGGAUUAAGCUUGCAAUAAAGGAGGCAGAAAUUCAAAAGCUUCAGGCAAACCUGGCUGCAAAUCAGUUAUCUAAGAGUCUUCUUGCUUGUAAUGACAAACAAGAAAGUGGCAAAUUAAAUAGUUUAGAGACAGAACCAGUAAAACUAGGAGGUAAUCAAUUAGCAGAAAGAAUAAAAGACCAAAAUCAACAUACUGUGAAUAAGCAGUAUGAAAGAGAAAGGCAGAGACUUGCUUCUGGAAUAGAAGAACUACGUGCUAAGUUGGUGCAAAUAGAAGCUGAGAAUUCUGAUUUGAAGGUUAACAUGGCCCACAGAACUAGUCAGUUUCAGCUGAUACAAGAGGAGCUGCUGGAGAAAGCUUCAAACUCUAGCAAACUAGAAAGUGAAAUGACAAAGAAGUGUUCUCAACUUUUAACUCUCGAGAAACAGCUAGAAGAAAAAAUAGUUGCUUAUUCCUCUAUUGCUGCAAAAAAUGCAGAACUAGAGCAGGAGCUUAUGGAAAAAAAUGAAAAGAUAAGAAGUCUAGAAACCAAUAUCAAUACAGAACAUGAGAAAAUUUGUUUAGCUUUUGAAAAGGCUAAGAAAAUUCAUCUUGAACAGCAUAAAGAAAUGGAAAAGCAGAUUGAAAGAGUCAGACAACUAGAUUCAGCACUGGAAAUUUGUAAGGAAGAACUUGCCUUGCACUUGAAUCAAUUAGAAGGAAAUAAGGAAAAGUUUGAAAAACAGAUAAAGAAGAAAUCUGAAGAGGUAUACUGUUUACAGAAAGAACUAAAGAUAAAAAAUCAUAGUCUUCAAGAGACUGCUGAGCAGAAUCUUAUUCUACAGCAUACUCUUCAGCAACAGCAGCAAAUGUUACAACAAGAGACAAUUAGGAACGGAGAGCUAGAAGACAUUCAAACUAAACUUGAAAAACAGGUAUCGAAACUGGAACAAGAGCUUCAAAAACAAAGGGAAAAUUCAGCUGAAAAGUUGAGAAAAAUGGAGGAGAAAUGUGAAGCAGCCACACAUGAAGCCGAUUUGAAAAGGCAAAAAGUUAUUGAGCUUACUGGUACUGCCAGGCAAGUAAAACUUGAGAUGGAUCAGUACAGAGAAGAACUCUCUAAAAUGGAAAAAGAAAUAAUGUACCUAAAAAGAGAUGGAGAAAAUAAAGCAAUGCAUCUCUCUCAGUUAGACAUGAUCUUAGAACAGACAAAGACAGAACUAGAUAAGAAGACAAAUUCUGUGAAGGAAUUAGAAAAAUUACAGCACCACACUGAAACUGAACUAACAGAAGCUUUGCAGAAACGGGAAGCAUUAGAGUCUGAACUCCAAAAUGCGCAUGGAGAGUUAAAAAGUACUUUAAGACAACUUCAGGAAUUGAGAGAUGUACUACAGAAGGCUCAAUUAUCAUUAGAGGAAAAAUACACUACUAUAAAGGAUCUCACAGCUGAACUUAGAGAAUGCAAGAUGGAGAAUGAAGAUAAAAAGCAAGAACUCCUUGAAAUGGAUCAGGCACUUAAGGAGAGAAAUUGGGAACUAAAGCAAAGAGCAGCUCAAGUUACACAUUUGGAUAUGACUAUUCGUGAGCACAGGGGAGAGAUGGAACAGAAAAUAAUUAAAUUAGAGGGUACUCUGGAGAAAUCAGAAUUGGAACUUAAAGAAUGCAACAAACAGAUAGAAAGUCUGAAUGAAAAAUUGCAAAAUUCCAAAGAACAGCUUCGAGAAAAAGAGUUUAUAAUGCUACAAAAUGAACAGGAGAUAAGUCAACUGAAAAAAGAAAAUGAACGAACACAACAAAAGAUGAAAGAAAUGGAAAAUGUUAUGAAAGAACAGGAACAGUACAUUGCAACUCAGUACAAGGAGGCCAUAGAUAUGGAGCAAGAAUUGAGGCUAACUCGAGAGCAGAUGCAGAACUCUCAUGCAGAAUUGUUGGAGGCUCGUCGUCAACAAGUCCAAGCACAGAGAGAGGUAGAAAGGCUGUCAAGUGAACUGGAGGAAAUAAAGCAACUCUCUAAAGAAAAAGAAGCUCAUGGACACCAUUUAGCUGAAGAACUGGGGGCUUCUCAAGUACGUGAAGCUCAUUUAGAAGCAAGAAUGCAAGCAGAAAUCAAGAAAUUGUCAGCAGAAGUAGAAUCUCUCAAAGAAGCUUAUCAUCUGGAGAUGAUUUCACAUCAAGAGAACCAUGCGAAGUGGAAGAUUUCUGCUGACUCUCAAAAGAGUUCUGUUCAGCAACUAAAUGAACAGUUAGAGAAGGCAAAACUGGAAUUAGAAGAAGCUCAGGACACCGUAAGCAAUUUGCAUCAACAAGUCCAAGAUAGGAAUGAAGUAAUUGAAGCUACAAAUGAAGCAUUACUUAUUAAAGAAUCAGAAUUAACCAGAUUACAAGCCAAAAUUUCUGGGUGUGAAAGGACAGAAGACAUCAAGUUUCUACCAGCCCUGCUUACAUCUGCAACAGAAAUUAUGCCUGACAUUCAAGAUCCAAAAUUUGCUAAACAUUCUCACACAGCCUUUUUCAAGUGUAGAAAGCUACGUCGCUCUAUUAGUGCCAGUGACCUUAGUGUCAAGACACGUAGUGAUGAAGAUCUUUCUGAAGAAUUACUACAGGACUUAAAAAAAAUGCAGUUAGAACAGCCUUCAACAUUAGAAGAAAGCCAGAAGGAUCUGACUUACACCCAGUCAGACUCAUUUAAACCUCUCACGUAUGACCCAGAAGAUGAUAGUUCUGAGAGUAAUGACUUCAGUACUCUCAGUGGAAUGCUAAGAUACAUAAACAAAGAAGUGAGACUGUUAAAAAAGUCUUCUAUGCAAACAGGUGCUGGUUUACCUCAGGCUGAGAAAGAGGAGGUGUUGGUCUUGCUGUCUGAAGGGUGGCAGAGGCAGAAAGGCUGGAGGAGGUGGAAGGGGAGACAGGAGAGGCAGGUACAUUUGGUAUAAUUUUAGGAAAAUACAUCACAAUUUCUGUGAUUUUUUUUUUUUUUUGCUUUUGUAUUUCUUUAAAAAUGUUUUAAUACGGUACCAAUCCUUCUUCCACCAUUUGCUUUAGGUUCAGUGCCCAUAUCAUGAAGGGUCCAUGUCAUAAAAAUAAAUUGCUUUGGGGUAUUUUUGUCCAGAAUAGGACAUUUUUGUUGUAUUAAAAACCUGUCCAGGCAGAUAAUCCUUUCUCCUUAGUGAUUUUCUUAAUGGCGUCCCUGAACUGUCUGCUGCUUCUUGGUUACCUUGACAUUUUUUAGUACAAACCUAUUUCUAAAAUUAUCAGUCCAUCCUUUGUUGGCAUUAAAUUCUCCAGCUUUGGACCCUUUACCUUUCCUUCGCUCUAAAUUGUCAUACAAUGAUUUUGCUUUUUCUUGAAUUGUAUUAGAGUCUAUAGGCAUGCCUUUCUUACAGCAUUCUUACAGUCACGUAAAAGUUGCAUUUUCAACACAAGAUAAAAAGUUCAAGGUUUUCAUACCUGCUAGCCUAACUGCAGUGAUGGCUUCACAAAUUUCCUUUUCUUUUUUUUACAAUGGCCCUUACACUGGAUUCACUUAUCUUGAAAUCACCUCAUCUACAGUACAUACCAAGCAAUUCAAUUUUUUCUUGUAAUGUCAUUACUCUGCUUCUUGGGAGCACUUGAACAUUACUAGCAGCACUUUGUAUGGGUCCCUUGAUGUUUUUCAAAAGUUUAUGGUAUUGCACUAAACACCAGAAAAAUAUGUGAGAACUGCAAGAGGUCACUUUUUUAUUGCAAUACAUAAUUUACUGGAGAGACGAACUACUCAUGUGGAGAGGAUUAAUGUCACACAGUGUUUUAAGCAAUACAAUACUUGAGCUCACCCCAAAACAACAGGUGGUGGCUACAAGAUUAUUACAAUAGUACUAUAUUUAAUUUUACACAGUUAUUUAAUCCUCCAUCUUUACAUUUGUUUACAUUUCGACUGCAGAUGGUGCCAUAUAUAGUCUGUGUAUAAAUUUUGAUGAAUCUUAACUUUUUAUAAUAGAUU